CCACGAGUAAAAUAUUAUUAAUUUCCAAGUAUCUUUUUAAGCCUAUAGGCUUUCGAGUUCUUGCGAACUUUGCAAUUUCAUGAGAGAGACGUCUGACUCGGAGUUCACACAAACCUUGCAAAUUCUUGCGAGUCGUUCGACAGAUUAAUUUCAGAAUUUGCGGCAUGAUACUGGAAGUGCCGAGUGUCUUAGAGUUUGGAGGGGGAUGUUUCUCAGUGCUUUAUAAACGCAUCACCGACGUGUUUUCGUUAUUUACAAUGGAGCGCACAAUAACGACAUUGCAACUGGAGGCGUUGGCCGCAUUUUUGAAAACGGAGCCGGGUGCAAUGCGCCAAUUAGGAAUCGUAUACGUGGCGGACGUAGCAAGAGUUCGUCGGGAGCGGGCGGCAAACAGGAAAAAUCUGGAAGAGCUGUGGGUCGAAGGAGUGCGAAGGCACUGUCAAAACAUCGACGUCUUCGACCUGCGAUAUCUAUUCGGAUAUGAAAUUGAUCCGGAUUGGUGGUAGUGUUUUUCUGCCUUCCGCUCGCCGCCACGAAUUCCUGCACGAAUUCGCCCGCCACGAUGAUCCGGAUUGGGUCUCAGAUUAUAACAAUAGAAGGCAUCGUACGAUUAGAAUGCGGCCCGUCGACGUAACAUCGGAACACGCGGACAAACUUUUAUCGUCCGUAUAUUCUAACAUAAAGAUUGUAGCUCCGGCCAAGUACAAGAUCGGUGAAC